AUGAAUGAGGUGAUGUGUUUCUUGAAUGAUGACAUUGUAGUUCGAGAGUAUCUCUACUUAAAAAGGUUUGCGGCAGUGAAGACAGUCCAGACUUUCGGGUUCGCCAGAAUCGCCGUCAAUCCUCCCUUCCGUCUCGAGCCCUCCGACCGGCCGCCUGAAACAUUAGCAACCGGUGUCGGACUUGGACUAGAUCCGCCUUCAGCAUCCGGCGACAUCGAUUCUCCGUCAGAGCCCCACGAGGAGGAAGCCGUCGUGUCCUUUAAAUCGGAGGCGGGAGGUGAAAGAGCGGCGUCUUGCGUGGACGCGGUGCCGAUCGGCGUUUUCGAGGUAUUGGGAGGGGAUGAAGGUCUCGGCCUCUUGGGCGGCGGACCUUCACGAGGAUAG